AUGGCCGCUUCCUCCGCGGCGCCGGCUUCGGCUUCGGCCUCGGCCCCGACCACAACCACAGCUGCGGCCACCACCAACAAUCCCGACGUCGCUGUUGCGGCCAAGGUCGACGAGCGCAGGAAAAAGAAGCCGCCGGCUGUACGGUAUCCGUUUUGGUUUGGCGGCAGCGCCAGUAGCAUGGCCGCCUGCGUCACGCACCCGCUUGAUCUGGGUAAGUUUUGCGUACACACGAUGCCCUCGUUUGCGGCCUCGGCCCAGGACAACUUGCUGACCGCGAUACGCACACUUAUAGUAAAGGUCCGUCUACAGAUGCGCAAGGGCAACGCGCCCAAAAACAUGAGCGGCACCUUUGUCCACAUCAUCAAGAACGACGGCCCGCUGGCCCUCUACAGCGGCAUCUCGGCCUCGCUCCUGCGGCAGCUCACCUACUCGACGGUCCGGUUCGGCGUCUACGAGGAGCUCAAGACGCGUUACUCGCGCACCCUGCCCCCCGGCCGCGAGCCGUCCUUCCCGGCCCUCAUCGCCAUGGCCAUGGGGUCCGGCUUCCUCGGCGGCAUCGCGGGCAACUUCGCCGACGUUCUCAACGUGCGCAUGCAGCAUGACGCCGCCCUGCCGCCCGCCGAGCGCCGCAACUACCGCCACGCCGUCGACGGCAUGGCCCGCAUGGCCCGCGAGGAGGGGCCCCUGAGCUUCUUCCGCGGGUGGCUCCCCAACAGCAGCCGCGCCGCCGUCAUGACCGCCGGGCAGCUCGCCACCUACGACACCUUCAAACGUAUCCUCAUGGACUACACCCCCAUGGGCGACAACCUCACCACCCACUUCACCGCCUCCUUCCUCGCCGGCCUGGCUGCCGCCACGGCCACCAGCCCCAUCGACGUCAUCAAGACCCGCGUCAUGUCCUCGGCCCACCACCAGGGCAUCCUCCGCGUCGUCGGCGACGCCUACAAGGCCGACGGCAUAGGCUGGAUGUUUAAGGGCUGGGUCCCCAGCUUCCUCCGCCUCGGACCGCACACCAUCUGUACAUUCGUCUUCCUGGAGAUGCACCGAAAAGCAUAUAGAAAGGUCAAGGGCAUCGACGAGCAAAAGCUGUGA